CUUGUAGAUAAAAUGGACGAUAUAUGACAGCUGAAGUUAGCUAUGGAAGGGGAGCGCUCAGAAUAUACGAGAGAUAAAGUCGUCGACGAAAAAUCUCCCCUCCUUUCUGAGCAAGGCGAUUCAAGCAAUGCGGUCAAAGACAGGUCCAGUGCUUCAAAUAGUUCAAGGGGCCUAUAUGAUAGCAAUUCCACUCAUGAUGGUUCACACACAGGUUCAUUGAAUAGCGAGUCAUCAAACAACUUUGCAAAGAGGAAGCCCUUUCAUUACAACACACUUAGAAAUCCCAUUGUUACACCUCGUGAUAUGGACAUAGCUGCUAAGUUCAAUCGCUACAGAUACAUAUCCAGACUGUCUAGACACAAUGUGAUUAUUCCAAGACAUAUACUUCCACCUCACUUAUUUCUUGUCAUCCCGAAAGAAUCAGAUGAAAAACAAAGCAGUCUGGUCACAAUUUUUUCAAUUUGGAACACAAUGAUGGGUACCUCACUAUUAAGUAUACCUUGGGCAAUUGAUCAGGCUGGUUUUGCUCUUGCCAUUAUUCUCUUGGUUGUCAUGGCAGGUCUUUGCCUCUAUAGCUGUUACUUGAUAAUAAGAUGCGCAGAAGAAACGGCAAAACAAGGUGACGUCCUAGAAUUUUCUGAUAUCUGUAAGAAGUACCUUGGUAAGCCAGGAGAGUUCAUUGCAAUCCUGUUUUCUGUGGCUGCUAAUGCUGGAGGGGCCAUAGUCUUUUGGGUUUUAAUGAGCAGCUUCUUGUUCUAUUCUGGAAAGUACAUUCAUGAGACUGUCCAUCAUGCUUAUUCAGUUCCCACUUCCAGAAAUAUUACAAAUGGAAGCUUCUCCCCAGGCCACUUAGAAGUUCUUUGCCCUGGUGGCCACAGUGCAUCAGCAAGCUCUGCAAACAGUUUAAUAACAGCUGACAAAACAAGCUUCUUCAAAUUCUGGCAGCUCCAACACACCGUACCCCUCUUUUUAAUUGCCGUCCUGUUUCCCUUGUGCAGUGUAAAGUCACCAACGUUCUUCACUAAAUUUAACUCUCUUGGAACCUUAUCAGUUGCAUAUAUUGUUGUCUUCAUCAUUACCAAAGCCAGUAUAUGGGGAAUUCACAUGGAUUUUAAACAUGACAGCAUACCAAUGUUCAAGGCUAGUUUUCCAGCUCUAACAGGAAUACUUACUCUGGCCUACUUUAUUCACAACUGCAUUCUUUCAAUAAUGAGGAAUCAGGAGAACCCUAAAAAUAAUGCACGUGACCUCAGCAUAGCUUACUUCUUGGUAGCUUUAACAUACAUAGUUGUUGGUUUGCUGUUUUUUAUUAGUUUUCCCAAAGAAAAGUCUUGUAUUCAAGAGGUUCUUCUUGAUAAUCUUCCAGCUCCAGACAUUAUGACAUUUAUAGCAAGGCUUUUUCUCCUGUUUCAACUUACCACUGUGUUUCCAUUGAUUGUUUACAUCAUACGUGUGCAACUCAUGUUAUACUUCUUUAACAAAAUUUAUCCAAGCUUCCUACAUGUAUUUGUCUUGAACCUAGCCCUUAUUGGAGCCUGUGUAUUAUUUGCUGUAGUUUAUCCACAUGUUGGCAACAUAAUCAGAUAUGUGGGAUCAUUAAGUGGCCUGGCUUACAACUACUCACUGCCAUGUAUUGUGCACAUGCUGAUACAGAAACAGAAAGGACAGCUCUCUUGGCCCAGCACUGUGUUUCAUUCUUGCAUUGUUGUUUUUGGAGUUCUGAAUUUUAUGUCCCAGUUCUUUAUUAAUGGAUGAGAUUAUUUUUGAUAGUUCAAUUCGAUGUUCUAAUCUUGUAAUACGGUAGAAUAAGAUACUUGAGAUAUGUGUUCUAUGCAGUUAUGUGGCAAAUUGUCUCGAGGAUUUAAUUGAGACCUCAAUGUUAAUGGUUCCUACAAUCAAAUGCGUUAAAUGUUCAAAAUUCGGUGGACUACUUUAAUUACCUGGUGCAGGUCACUGUCAUACUGUAUGAUUUCGAUAAAGUUUUGAGGAAUAUGCGCAUCGUCACUGGUUAGCUCAGUUAAAUUCUCUAUUCUCUUAUUUGAUAACAUGAUGUACCUUUUUUUACCGUACUCAUGUUUUUUAUCCAUUAUAACUCAGCUUUCCACACUAGCAUAUGCGUUGAAUCGUUUUUAUAAGAAAAAUUUUAUCAAUUUUCAGAUCAUUGUUUAGUGGAAUAAGGACUGGGAAAAAAAGAUUUAAACAUAAGAAGUACAGUCACGAAGUAUUUAAUGCUGGCUCGACCUCCUUGCUAGUCUCCUUCGCAGUCUGUCUUCGGUUUUCACGUAAUGAGGAGCGUUGCGCGACUACCCAAAGAUGGGCUCCCUUGUGUUUGCACUUUUCCCCUGUUUUGGGACAUUUCCUGGUUCGUAUAACUAAACAAUGUACUGAGAUAGGAGACAUCAAACAAAAACCUGAUUGAAAAUAUAUAUUUUUUGAAAAUUGUAAUGUAAUCAAAGUCAGUAAAUGCCCUUCACAAUAAGAAGAGGUGAACGCACAAUGACAUUUGAGUUGAUAAUUUUGCUCUGGUUUUAUUAUUUAUUGAUCUGUGCUUUUUUGGGGAAUUAAUUUAUUCCGUUUCCGUAACGAAUAUUUUGGGAAACGUCUAUUUUUAGGUGGUGUUUUUGCUGCGUCUGAAGACCCUCGAUACGGGUUUGCACCUGAUUAAAAGAAUUUCUAUGUUCCAAAUAAUUUUAUCAAUAUGCAACGGGUAUCUUUGUGGGGAGAGGUUUCAAAUAAUAAAAUAAAACCGCAACG